GGCUCGAGAUUGCUUCCCUUACAUGUCGCUCUCGUGAAGUAAGGCGAGUUAAUUCUUCUACGUCCGCCAGGCGUUUAUCGUUUUGAAAACGUACCGCCACUGGUAUUUAGAAUCGGCUUCAUCAUGAAGCUUGUAAGGUUUCUUAUGAAAUUGAGUCAUGAAACUGUCACAAUUGAGUUAAAAAAUGGUACACAGGUUCAUGGAACUGUAACAGGUGUCGACGUUAGCAUGAACACACACCUGAAAGCUGUCAAAAUGACAGUAAAGAAUCGAGAUCCACAGCAGCUAGACUCGUUAAGUAUUCGUGGCAACAACAUCCGAUAUUUUAUUCUGCCAGAUUCCUUGCCCCUAGAUACCUUGCUUAUUGAUGACACACCGCGUGCAAAGGCACGCAAACGUGAAGGCAAAGCUUCUAUAGGCCGAGGACGGGGUCGAGGCAGAGGCCGAGGACGGGGUGGCCCCAGAGGUGGACGAGGAGGUCCAAGGGGUCGACGCUGAAAGUGAUUUUUGUUUUGCUACACAUCAUCAUCCUACCAUUUCAGUACCACUGAUGAUUGUGCACCGUCAGGGACAUCUCUAGUGUGGGUCAUGUUCCAUGUUUCCUAAGCAACCAUCUUGGGUGAUUGAUAUCAUCUUGCUAGACUGAUCCAUCUGUCCAUUCUCCACCAUGCAGGUUUUGAAUUGCAAGUGGAUGUGUGUGAAGUAUGUUUUCUUUCUGGAUGCAUUGUCAAGCAUUUAGAAAUUGACAUCUGAUGGAUGGUAGAAUGGAUGUGCAGAAUUUGCAUCUUUAAUAUGAUCAAUGAACAUGUUUAGAUAUGUAUGGAUGGAGAUGUUUUUGCAACAAUUUUUCAUAUUAGGACAAAAAUAAGAGGGACAGUUAUGGGCUUCAGUAUUAUUUUUUCAUAAAUGGUUUUUAUUAAUGGAUCUUGUUAACCGCAUACGUUAAAAAUUAGUAAGAUUGGUUAAUAUUGAUGUGAUGGUCAUUGAAAAAUCCUGUUGUAGGUACAUAAGUGGGAAUUUUGAAACUCAGUCAAGAUUUUAAGGGACAAAAAAGAUUAAGGAGUUUGAACUUUCAGAAUGUUGACAUGCAUUCCAGAGCAAUGUAAAUCCAAGCACAAGAUAGAUAUUUUUAUGAGAUGGGAACUCCAGAUCCAGGUCAUUUACUUUUAUAUGCAUUUAGAUUGGUUGCUACAGUAAGAUGGCAAGUUACUUUUUACCUGCAAUCUUAGAUGCAUAUAGAAUAGGUUUAGAAAUUGUUGUUUGGGCAAUAUACUAUUAACCUACAAAGGGAAGUUACAAGAUGUACAGGUGCAGAAACUAUAAGGCAACGAGUCAUUUACAUGGUGAACAUGUUUGAUCUUGACCGAUUGGGCAAUUUAAAAUCUUAGAUCACCCAGGUCAUUCAGAACUAAAGCAAUAAAAGUUGUAUAUUUGCUUUUGGAUGCACAACACUAAGAACUUGAAACAUUUAGUGUCACUUAGAAUUUCUGCAUUCCCACUUGUGUGCCAGAGGUGCAUGAGGAUAGUUAAAAUGUAACAGUUAAAACAAUGACAAGUCCAUAUUAGAUCCAGUUCUAAUAGAGAUUAUAUAGGCAUAUAGAUCAGCACCUUCUAAGAAUGGUGUUUCAGAAUGCUGAAAAAUGUCCUUGAACUUGCUGGUUCUGACCAAUGAUUAAGAGAGAGUCAAUAGUGGUUACUAAAAUGUAGUCAUAAAUCCCAUAUUCAGGGUCUGAGAUUUUAUUCUGUUAAUUUAUACAGAAGACAAAAUAAAGAAGUGACCAUGAUAGUCUUGAAAUUUAAACAUUUUUGUGAAAUGUUUGUAAAGCACACUUUAGACCCACAGAUUAAAACUUGUACCAGCUAAGUCGAAUUAAACCUUCAUACUAUUGGCAGCAA